UGAGCAAAGAUCAAAUCGGCUGGCUUGGGUGUCUAGCACGUCGCUGUGUGUAUCGAGCGAUUCCACGCGGCGAGAUAUGUGCUGUGCGAGUGGUCGCGUCUCAGAAACGCAGUGACGGGCUUCCAGCUCGCACGCAGACCUUACACAUCUUCUUAUUCACGCAUCGCCGGACGCCGAGAGCGUCAGCACCAGAACAAGAUGCGAGCGGUGGUGCUAGUAGCCGUGCUGCAGCUGCUGCUUGCGGUGGUGAAGGGCGGCGAUCUGCCAGCGCAGGAGUGUCCACCAGGGUGUGAAUGCCACUACUUCCGCGUCCACUGGAUGGCGUCGUGUGCGCACCGCGGCUUCAGCCAGGUGCCGUCCGGAUUCGCGGCGGCCACCCACGCCGUAGAUCUCGCGGGCAACGCGCUGACCCAUUUCACGCUCGACCCUGAGGUCAGGCUACGACGCGUCUCGCUCGCAGAUAACAACAUCGAAACGCUGGCCGCCGACAGCUUCAAGGGUCUGGGCUUCCUGAUCGACGUAGACGUGUCAGGAAACAAGCUACACACGAUUGAGUCGGACGCCUUCCAGGACAGUCCGGGCCUGAUGAGCCUUCAAGCGGCGCGGAACAAGGAGUACUUGGGCCCUGGCCUCGACUCGCCUUUCCUCGAGUCACGCUCCCUGCAGACACUGGACCUGUCAGAUUGCCAUGUGGGCGUGGUCGGGCCGCGGUUCUUCAGUGGAACGCCGGCCCUGCGCAAGAUCGACCUGUCGGGCAACCCUGUGCGUGAGGUCCGGCCGGGCGCCUUCUCCACCCUGCAGGGUCUGCAUGAACUGGACCUGAGCAAUACCCUGAUCACGCACCUGGCGCCGGCAACCCUGGCACCCGACCCACCGCUGCGCGUGCUCAACCUGAGGAGCAACCGGCUGGACGCCGAGAAGCUACAAGCCCUGACGGCGGUGCUGGUGCACCUGGAGCGGCUGGACUUAGGCCGCUGCGACCUGACGCUCGGCCCUUCUCACGUAGAGACCCUGGCGCGAUGCGAUUGGCUCGAGUGGCUUGACCUCUCCGACAACGACCUGAGCAGGCUGGACCUGAGCCAGGCGCUAGCCCAGCUGCGCCACCUGCAGCACCUGGAUGUGUCAAACUGUGGCCUGGACGAGGCAUCACUGCCCACGCUGGCUAACCUGACGCGGCUGCGCACCCUGAAGGUGGCAGACAACUCGCUGCGACUGGCCAACCUGACCGAGAUGCUGAAGCCCCUGACGCGGCUGCAUCACCUGUCUGUGCGCAACUGCGACCUCGACUCGACAGCCUUCCUCAGGCAGCUACCCAAGGUGCGUCAGAGUCUGCGUUCGCUCGACCUGUCGAGGAACCCACUCGGCGACGACGAAAUCAACGCCGCCGGCGACGUCUUCGAGCACCUUGAGCAGCUUGACGUGUCCUUUUGCGACCUGACCGUUGUGUCCAGGCACGCCUUCUCGCCGGCCAGGCACCUGCUCAGCCUCUCGCUGUCAGGCAACAACGUGACCUUCGAGGACGCUGCCCUGGCCGAGCUGACUAAACUGCAGACGCUGCACGUAGAGCGGUGCGACCUGAGCGGUGCUCCCGCCGCCAGCGUCUUCCCACCCAGCAGCCAACUGUCCGAACUUUACCUUGCUGGCAACCCUGUUGACCAGGUGGUGCCGGCGCACCUGAGCAACCUACGCAAGGUGGACGUGUCCGAAUGCAACCUGCGGAAGCUGAGCGGCCUCGAGGGGGCCCACCACCUGACCAAACUUCUCGCGGCAGACAACGACCUGAGCGCGGAGGACGCGCUGCCCGCCGACCUUGGCCUACAAGCGCCCAACCUGGAGGUGCUUGACCUGCGCAGGUCGGGCGUGCGCAGAGUCAACGCCGACGCGGUCGAUAGCUGCAAAAAGCUCAGGUCGCUCCUCCUGCAGGACAACCCGCUGCGCUGCGACUGCGACCUGAGGCGUCUGGAACGCUGGGCCGCCUCCAGAGGCGUAGCGCUGCAUGCCGACCACGUCCUGACGCAGUGCCUUGGACAGUCAGACUCACUCCUCUGCUGACACACAAGUGCGUCAAUCCAAAAGUUCCUUUAUUUUUGGAGAGUUUAAAACAAAUUAUAGUUGCUGUGUGGUGCAGUGCGCGACAUUGACCUUGUUACCAAACUUGCAGAUUUGUAAAUAUAUUUUUGUACAUAUAA